AUGGAUUCUCAAACGAGACCUAAGAAUCCUGGUACUACUCACCCUAAACCCCACGGUGUCCCCGCUUCGACCGUCCGUGGACAGAAGAGAGGUUCCAGAAGCUACGCCGACGUUGAUCCUAAUAACUUGCCCGUCAAGAAACCGAGGACGAUGGUUAGCCCUCACCAAACCGGUAACAAAAUCGCGGAACCGAGAACUCGGAGGCUCUCUAGACAAUUCUGGAAAGCAGGAGACGACAAAGAAGACGAGCGUCCGCCUCGCAACUGCGGCAACGACGCGGCGAUUAAAGUUCACCCUCAGUUUCUUCACGCCAACGCCACCAGCCACAAGUGGGCGCUCGGAGCCUUCGCCGAGCUCUUGGACAACUCUCUAGACGAGGCGUGUAACGGUGCGACAUACGUUCACGUGGACUCAACGACGAAUCAAAAGGACGGUAAGAGCAGCAUGCUCAUAGUUCAAGACAACGGGGGCGGGAUGGAUCCGAACAGGUUUAGAGAGUGUCUCUCUUUAGGUUAUUCAAGAAAACGUAACGUGGCUAACACGGUUGGUCAAUACGGUAACGGGUUCAAGACUAGUACGAUGAGACUUGGCGCUGACGCAAUCGUCUUCACGCGUUCUAGAGGAGCCAACUCUGGUAACACGACGCAGAGCGUUGGUAUGUUGUCGUAUACUUACCUCUACGAGACGAGGAAGAGCGAAGCCGUGGUCCCCACGGUGGACUUUGAGCUGGUGGAUAACAACUGGGUUGCGUUGACGCACGGCGAUAGAGAUAAGUGGUUUGAUAACCUAGAGACUAUAGUGAAGUGGUCUCCUUAUGUCUCUCAACAAGCUAUGUUCGACCAGUUUGAUUUACUUGAGGAGCAAGGUACUCAAAUCGUUAUUUAUAAUCUAUGGGAUGAUGAUGAAGGGAAGCUGGAGCUUGAUUUCGACACUGAUGGUCACGAUAUUCAACUCAGAGGUGUGAAUAGAGAUGAGAAGAAGAUAGAGAUGGCUAAAGCUCACCCUAACUCGAGGCACUUCUUGACUUAUCGUCACUCUCUACGCAGCUAUGCGUCGAUAUUGUAUCUCAGACUUCCACCAAACUUCAGAAUCAUACUCCGCGGCAAAGAAGUGGAGCAUCACAGCUUGUUGGAGGACAUGAUGAUGACCGAAGACAUAACGUAUAGGCCUGUGGCUUCUCCGGAGUUGUCAUCAGAUGAAGACAUGGUUGCUGCUCUAAAGAUUGGUUUUGUGAAAGAUGCUCAUCAUCACAUUGACAUACAAGGGUUCAAUGUCUACCACAAGAACCGGCUUAUCAAGCCCUUUUGGAGGGUUUGGAACGCUGCUGGAAGCGAUGGACGCGGUGUGAUUGGUUUGCUUGAAGCUAACUUUAUACAGCCAGCUCACAACAAGCAAGGGUUUGAGAGGACCGCUCUUCUUGCUAGAGUUGAGAACAGGUUGAACAAGUAUCAGAAGACUUAUUGGUCUAAGAGGUGUCAUGAGAUUGGGUAUGCUCCAAGGAGGAUUCAGAAGAAUCAUGAAAGUGGUGUCACUGAAGCUCCUACUAGUGCAGAUCCAGCUCAGUGCAGGCCAAAUAGAAACUCUCAGAAGGAGACUACACAACCAAGUGUUGCUAACAGAACGCAUGAGAUUGGGCUUAAGAACAGGACUAAUGGGCUUGGGGUGAGUUGCAAGGAAACAAGGUUAGUUCAUCAAGCAGCUGAGUUUCAGAAGCAGAAGGCACAGCUUGAGCCGCAAGUCAGACAUCCAAAAGCUAGGGUUCAAGAAUUGGAGAAGAGACAGAAAGCACAGCUUGAGGAGAAGACAAGAAAUUUAAAAAAUGUAGAGACAAAACAGGUGGCUGAGUUGCAGAGACAGAAGAGACAGCUUGAGCUGCAACUCAGACAGUCAAAAUCCAAGGUUCAAGAUUUGGAGAAGAGGCCCAAGGUCAAAGAUUAUGAGUCAGCAAAACUUGUGGUUGAGCUGCAGAGACAGAAGGGACAGCUUGAGUUGCAAAUCAAGCAGUCACAGUAUAAAAUUCAAGAUUUGGAGAAGAGGCACAAGGUCAAAGAGGAUGAUCUCCAGAGACAGAAAGCCUGUCUUGAGUUAUCAAAGUCUGUAGUCCAAGACUUGGAGGAUUCACUCAAGGUGAAAGAUGUUGAAUCAUCAAAACUGGUGGAGGAGUUACAUGAACAUAAAGCUAAGAUCCAGGAUUUGGAGGAAUCUCAAAAGGUUGUAGAUGAAUUGGUGGUAGAGCUGCAGAGAGAUAGAGGGUUGCUUGAGUCACAACUCAAGGUGUCACAAGCAAAGAACCAAGAGUUUGAAAAGUCGCAGAAGGCAGUGAUGGAUGUAUUUCAAGAAGAAAGAGGCCGCAGAGAUGUGACAGAGGAUGCAUUGAGGAAGAAACUACGAGGAGCCUAUGAUGUCAUGGACACGCUAAAAAUGAAAGUGAAUGCCCUUGAAGCGGACCAAGCAUUUUGUAAGAAGGUUCACAUGCACAUGCUUUAA